AGCUCUGCUGGGUCUGUCCUGCUGCACCUGCUCCUCUCUGAAGGGACCCUGGAGUUUGUUAUCCGAGAUGCACAGAGUCCCCCAGCUGACCACCUCGUGGGCUAAUAGAGACCUGCAGAGAGCCUGGGAGAAAACCUACCAGGACCAUAGGAGAAAGGUCCAGAAUGCCCAACCACGAGUGGACAACCACCCACCACAGAUUUACAGCCAUCUCCACCUAAAGUUCAAGAAGUUAAAGAUGGAAGAAGAGAGACUCUCCAUCAUUGACAGAAACAACUACCUGCUUCUGCAGAGAGUGGCCUCUGCCAUGAAAACCAGGGGACAGACUAACGGCCCAAAUAACUUCACACAGAGAAGGGGCUGAAAGUGACACCCCACAAGGCCACAGCCUCAUCCGAAUGAGCAGCCUGAAGCAGAAGGGGUGAGGGCUAAGAACCCAGCCACCGAAAGAAGACCAGGGCCCAGAUGCUCCGAUGAGGCCUUCCUGUGUCUCCCUGGGGUGGAGGUGGGGGUGGGGUGGAGUGUGCAGGUCUUGGGACUGGUGGCCUAGCAUCUGAGGCCGAGCUGGCUUCAUGACCUCCAGGGACCACUGUAGGAACUGUGACGCCGCACUCCAUAGCUUCGUGGUCACAGCUUUCACCAGAUGACACAGCACAGCUAUUUAUUGUGUUUCUUGAACCGAUAACCAAAAACAAACUAUGCAGAGUAACACUGGAAGUUACUGGAAGCUAGGAAGGUUUUUUUUCCUAGCUGUUAAUGCUUUUCUGAGUUACCAUGACUUUGGGUGGUUGUAAUUCUCUUAAGAA